CGGAGGCCCCUGCCUGCGGCCACUCUCUGAGAAGGAUUAUGUUCUGGACCCGCUCGACUCGAUUUUUUUUUCCCCCUGGAGGAGCAGGUUUCACAAGUUGAGCCACAUGCCUGGGGAUUACGGAGUGAUGGGUGACGAUGGCUCUAUUGAUUACAGCGUUCAUGAGGCCUGGAACGAAGCCACCAACGUUUACUUGGUAGUCAUCCUCGUUAGCUUUGGUCUCUUCAUGUAUGCCAAGAGGAAUAAAAGGAAGAUUAUGAGGAUAUUCAGUGUGCCACCUACAGCAGAAACUUGUCAGAGCCCCAGCUUCUAUGACACAAUGAGCAAAAUUCGUUUAAGACAGCAACUGGAAAUGUAUUCCAUUUGUAAGUAAAUUCUGUGCUUUACUGU